AUGGCUACUUGGGCCUAUCCCCCGCUCUCGACCGAGCAACUAAACCAGCAAGUCGAGACUACUUUGACUCGCGAGCUAGAGUGGCUGUUGCAGUCUCUCCAAGAAUCACUCGUCGCCCUGAAAGAUGGCUUGCAUGAGUGCGCCACAUUACUGGCCCCGCAAGAACCGGGGUCGACCUUAGUCCUCUCAUCACUGCGAUCGGAGAGUGUAAAAGGCUUCGUCACUCGGAUCGGCACCAAAGUGGUCAAAGGAGAUAUCCAGCUACGUCUGGCCUCGCUGCCUGCUCCACGGGGCGCAUCUAGUACCCGUCUGACGCUGUCCCAGAGUGCCGGUGCCCCAGAUCUGAUCUUGCCGCAGCUGGUUUCCGUGCGCAAUCUAGUCAAUCAGAGUCUAGAUAUUGUGGAUGUGAGCACCUAUACCGGUGACCCGCUCAAUGCCGCCUUCAUUUUCAGUCAGCUCCAUCUCUUGAAGGAAACCAUCGGCGAGGCCCGCCAGAUGCUCAAGGGGGAUGGCCCGGAGCGAGGUAACUGGUGGGAAAUGAGUGCGUCGGACAAUAUGUUUGAUCCGCCGCCUCCGCCAUCCUUGUCCUUUCAUCUCUCCAUUGCAGACUCGGCGUUGGUGCUGGUGGUCCGCACUCUGGAAAACAGCGCCUCUUCUCAGGCUGCCGGAUCAUUUGCCUCGGACAUUUCCUUGACCGGAUUCUCACUCAGAGACCGCAUCUUCGGCACUCGACCGCGGGCUCACGAUGAGAUUGGCACCGCGUUCAAUUGGCGCGGUGAGGAAGUCCAUGUCAAAGAGAAGAUUCGUGUAGAAAGCCAAGACCCCAGCUUGAUGGCCGUCAUGGCUAAGCUCACCGCGCUGGAACACGAGGUGAUGCGGUGGGUGCUGGCUUUACAGGUCCUCAUGGGCAAUGAAGAGACGGAGAGCGAUUGA